AUGGCAACAUCCAUUGCCGGCUGCCAGAACAAUGGCAACUACACGGCUCCGGAUGGACUCAACUUCACCAUGUACUGCAACGAAAACAUCGCCGCCGCAGCAUACAGUACCAGUGCACCAACAACCGAAACUAAUCUGACUCAAUGCAUGAACACCUGUUCCCAAGAAAAUUAUUACUGUUAUGGCGUCGUCUACCAACAGUCCAACAGCUCAUGCUGGGAAUUAACGAACCGGACCGCAUCAAACGAGGCCAAUCUUGAAACCAACUCGAAAAUGGCAGUUUGCGCUCGCAAAUCAAAACCAGUUGAGUCUCGCCAAUAUCUCAUGUCCUUAUGCAAACAAUUCGCAGCACACCCAUUGUGCAAAUCGGCGUCGUGGAACCCUGGUAUGAUUCAUGGCUAUCAGAAUUGUUACUUGAAGACUGCGAGCCAGCCCCUACAGCAAUUCGGUCAGCCUGCCCAACCCUACUUUCUUCACACGGCCGUCAUAAAUCUUCCAACUCUUGCGCAGGGAUGUCCUACCAAUAAGAAUUAUACUAGUACUGCAAACGGCAAAGAUACCGCCUUCACGAUUUCUUGUGGUCAACAUGCUACUGGCGCUACCAAUCUUACAUUUUCGCACCAGCCAAAUAUCACAGCAUGUAUGGAUAGUUGCGCUUCAUACAGUGACUGGUCAGCCUGCGAGGCAGUAAUUUUCGAUCCCAGUAUGGCGAUCGGAUACGACAACUGCCAAUUGCUGAACUCUGUUACUCUGGUCCAAGACACGUCGAACGUAAACUACGCGUCAAUGGUCAGUUCCAACUCUUCAGAUGCGUCUGGCGUUCCCUCUUCUUCGUCCGGUCACAAUAGCAGCAAGGCCUGGGUUGCCGGUCCCGUCAUUGGCGGUCUUGUUGUAAUUGCUCUCAUCGGUCUAAUUCCCUGGUGGUGGAGCCGAUGA